CCCACCGGCGGAUCGGGUGUUGUAGUUCCUCGUAACUUUCGUCUCCUGGAAGAACUUGAGCAAGGUCAAAAAGGAGUUGGGGAUGGAACAAUUAGCUGGGGAUUAGAAGAUGAUAGUGAUAUGACUUUAACACAAUGGACAGGAAUGAUUAUCGGACCACCACGAACACCAUAUGAAAACAGGAUCUAUAGUUUGAAAGUAGAAUGUGGACUUCAAUAUCCUGAUGAACCUCCAAAUGUUAGGUUUAUAUCAAAGAUAAAAAUGACUGGUGUUAGUGAAAGUUCUGGAAUUGUGGAUAAAAGAACACUUCCUGUAUUAAGUCGUUGGCAGAGAAAUUACUCAAUUAAAACUGUCCUUCAAGAGCUUCGCAGAGCGAUGACUUUAAAAGAAAAUCAAAGGCUAAGUCAACCACCAGAAGGAUCUGCCUUCUAGCAUCAGUGCACAUAUUAUGGGUUCUAUCAAUUAUUAUGUUUUCUUCCGAGCACUCGCCUGCUCGGCAAUUUUUUUUUGGCCAAGUGGACUGGAAGUUAAAAGAUUCGUCGAUCUAUUUGUAUAUUAAAUGCUUUACACUACCUUGUGAGUUUCCCUCCACUGCUACAUGUGGAUGCUGUCUGUAUCGUGGCGAGCAAGGUACUAGUAAAUGCAAUUGUAAUCGGCUUUAACAAACUUACGUAAAAUUUAAAAUUCCGUCACACAUGCAUUAGCACGCGAAUUGCGAAGAUACUUAAUAUUGUGCCUUUUUGUUCUCGCAUAACUGUAGAUAAAGUGGGCACAUUGGCAGAGAUAGUAGAUCUUAUUGAUUUCGAACUGUAAGACUCUUAUUGUAUUGAUAAAGACAGGUAUGAAAAUGGUUCCAUAGAGUGUCAUCUCGGAAGUGUGUGUUUUCGUGUGCUUGCAUGUCUCUAUCAAAAGAAUAACUGUUGAGAAUUAUUAAAGUUAAAUUUCAAAACCAUUUUGCAUAUGAAUGUUUUUAUAUUUGAUGAAAUGAAUAUUCUUUUUCAUUCAUAUAUAAAUAUUAUUUUAUACAGGGUUCAUGCAUUUGUUGAUAGCAUUGAAAGUUUAAAAAGAGAACAAUGAAUAAAACAUUUAAAGUACAAUAGGUUUCUGUUUUCCAUUUUUCACUUACACCCAUUUUUCACAUUUUAAAAGGUGCUACUAGCGAAAUUUCUUUUCUGCUCUUUUUUAUUCGGUCAUAUUUUUAAUUAUGUAUUUUGAAGUACGUUUUUUAAUGAUUGAACAUGAAUUUGAGAUUGCUCUGAUGCAAUCAACUGCGUACAGUGGAACCUAGUUAUAUGGCACCUCUGCUCACUGUGGUACUGGUUAUACUGUGGAUGCUAUCAUGGCUCUAACUAUAUUUUAUUUUCAAUAUCUAUUUCUUUGUUCUAAAUUUAUUUUACAGGAAUACGUUAUUACCUGUACUUAAAAUACCUGUAUGGCAAAAUUUCUUUUAUGCUAUUUUUUGUAUGGACAAAUUUUUACUUAUGUAACUUGAAGUUUUUUUUUUUUAAUGGACUAUGACUUUGAGACAGCUUGGUAGAUUUGAUUUCUUCUUGAAAAUCUAUCAAGCCUCAUUCAUCCAAUAUAAUUACUGUUCUGUUUAGGUUCUAAUUUCUGUAUAUGCUUCUGUGAAUGCUGUUUAGCAAAUUUCAUAUUCAGUAAUAUGGUAAAAUUUUAAUAAAAUUUGCUGCCACAUUACAAUGUCACUGUCCUCUAUUGUAAGACUUCUGUUAACAUUUUGUUUCAAUUUACGGCAUCUAUUUUAUAACACUGGUGAAAAACAUGUCCCCCAUACACUGUUACAGAAGGUUUCUGCUGUACAUGAGAAAUUAUUUUGAGUUUUAACGCUGUUCGAAGUUUUAUUGAUGCUGCUUGUUGUCUUGACUACCAAGACAAAAGACUUAACGCUUAAUGAUGUGGUGGAAAGAUAGGCUAGGUAGCAAUUUAUCCCCGGAUAGGCAUGAGUGCUAUAAAUAUUCGCUUAUUCCGUAUCCUGGAAUUAUAGGAAAAUUAUUUGUUACAUAUUUUUAGAUAAAUUUAAUUUAUACAAUACAAAAUAUUGACUUUCAACCUAAACCUAACGUGUAAAAAAUUAAUCCUUUUGUGCUGUUUACUAAUACUCAAAUUACUUGAGUUUUGCUUUAAUGAAAGUACUUUUUUCAUGUCAGAAAUUCUCAGUUUGGAAAUAAUCUGUUGCCAUAUGCAAAGCUUCAGUAAAAUCAUGUUGCAUGUCCAAAAAUUCUUGUUUCCUUACGAUGCCAGAUAGCUGGGAACUUAUUCUUGUUGAAAAAACAAUAUACUGCUUGCUAAACGUUUGUUCUGGCAUACAUUUCUUAUAUCCAGCUCUAAAAAAAAUUUCACGAUGUGCAUGAAUCCUGCUUCCGUUGUGUUUUGAAAAAGAUUUGCCAGUGAAAAAAUAUUAAUUUUAAGACACAUAUUCAUCCUUAUAAUUACAGCUGUACUUUGAGUUCACAUUUUUUUCAAAAAAUUUUAUUCAAUGCUCAUAUUCAUUUUAAAUAUCUCACUUAAUUUAAUAACAUGCAAUGUUAUUAGUAUUCCAUAGCUGUCAACUCUCUGGAAGAGACUCAAAUUUCAAUACCUUCUGUGAAAUUUCAUCUAAACAACGAAAUUCCUUUUUCAGUGGUUAAAAUUUCAGGAAAAUACCUUACAGAAAAGCGAUCAAUGAAUCCUUUUCAUUCACAAGCAUAAAAAUUGUACAUGUCCGAUAAUUUUUUUAACUUUCAAUUUUCCUUCUGUUUGAAACUUUUAUUUCCCAAACAAAUGUGAUAAUGUUAGCCAUUUUUCUUUAAAUUUCCAAAAUUUUUACCCUCUGGAGGGAAUAGUUGUUAUCACUUAGAGAGUAAAAACUUUUGUCUCUUUUAAAACACUUUUUUUUAAACGUAAAUGUUGUAGUUUUCUUUUCUUUUCAACUACAAAAGUAAGAAUACGGUUGAUAUUUGUUAUAAAAACCCCCGUUCUCCAAUCAUAGUCAGAAACUAUAACGAGAUUUCGCUAUACUGCAAAUGUAUAUGAUAUUAAUUGCUUGGUUUUUAGUCAUAGUUAAAAAUACUGGAAUAACUUUAUUAAUUAACUUUAACAAUUAAUGCAUCAUUUUAAAACAAAUAUCAAGUAACUAGUAACAUAAUAAAAAAAUGGGCAUAUAAAAUAAUAAGUACUAUUUUGUUUGAGGUUUUUUUUAAUAUUAGUUUUUCCUCUUAUUUAGACAGUGUAGAAGCUUUUCGAUCUUACGACUGUUUCUAAAAAACAUUAUUUCAUGUUAUCUAUCCUUUGUGCACGAUUCUUGUCUAUUCUUGAACACUCCUUCAUUAUCAAGCAAUUUACUUUUAGAAAAAUCAAAUCAUUAAAUAUUAGUUUUCAAAUAGAUAAUCUUGAGAAUUGAAAAUAAGUUGAAUCAUUAUUGUGGAUGUUAUACUGGAAAGGGCGAGUCAGUUUGGACAUACUAAUAGACGUUAAUGACAUUGCAUCUAGGGGAAGAACAAAUGGGACUCAUCCAUCGGUCGCUGUAAUAGAAGGGUUGCAGUAAUUGAAAAGUCAUUAGUCGCAUAGUAAUCGCAAAUUAUAAAUUUUGAUUCCGAUGCAGAGUUAAUUUAAAAAAUCCCAGCUAAAAUACCUUUUAAACAAACUUUUGUCACUGAAAAUAUUCAUACUAAAGGCCCUUCAUUUCAAGUAUGUGAAACCUGUGUAAGUUGACCGCUUGCGGUGCAAUACUUUAGUGUUCAACUUAAACAGAUGGUUAACUUAUAGAGGUUGAAUUAUAUGAUAUAGAUCUAAUUCUGUGCCUGAAAAUAGCAGUCAACUUAGACAUGUGGUCAACUUUACAGCUUUUACUGUAUCCCUAAUUUUCAUCUUUCAGUUUUGGCAGCUAUGGUGUGCUAUUGCAUUUCCUCUUUUCUUGCUAUGCAUAUUAUCAAUUCUUUAAAAUUUCAACUAAGGAAGUUUAAAAAAAUCAACUUUUAGCAGACUUGUUUCAACUUUUAACUAAGCUGUAAGUUUUCUGAAUUUGUUUCCCAUAAACAUUUCAUGAAGGUGAAAUGUCUACUUCUCGUUAAAAGAAUGUGAUAGCAGUUUCCGAAGAACUUUUGUACUUGUGUUUUAUGUAUAUUAAAUAAUGUUUUAAAAAUUGCUUUCCUCAGUGGAGGGAUUUGUAAAACAAGUAAUAUGGUAUACCAGAGGAAAUGGUCACCACUGGAAAAGAAAUAAACAAUGUAUUAUGAUUAAAUAGUGAAUUUUAUUAUGUAA